AUGGAAGAAAUUGAGCAUGCAACAAACAAACAAACAACUCAGCUAGGAGAAAAUACGAUUAUUAUCAGCAUCAUCAUCAAUGCUUUCGAUAUGAUUAGAGGUAUUUUCAGAGACCCCUUUAGAGGCUUCACCAUUUUGCCCCAAUAAUGAUGCCACGUCUGGAGCAUUGGUUAUUAUGAAAUUGCCCAUCCAUGGCUCGCCUUCAUUCACAGAUUCAUUUUUAUCCACCUCGUCGUCUCUUUCUUGAACCAAAGUAAGGGUAUUUUCGUUGCACAUAUAAAGGGUCACAGCGAGGGCAUUAGCAACAUUCACAUACUUUCCUGA